UGGCGGGAAACAUGGCUGACAUUCAGAAAAGACGAUUAGAGGAUGUUCAUAUAUCUGCCAAUGCAGCUGGGCUGAUGUCAUGUGUAGGACCAAUUCAGCUUAUGCAGUUUUCAGACAGUUGUAUGUCAGAGGAUUAUAAAUUGCUUGAAUUACCACCAAAGCUACUGGAGAGACUUCAGCAGGGCGAAAGUUUAGUGAUUCGAGGUGACAACCAAGAGGAUGCUGUUCUUUGCACUGAAGAUAGCACAUAUGAAAUUAAGUUAGCUGACACUUCAAAUGCAAUGUUACUAACACCAUCUUGUCAAGUGUUUAAAGACAAUGGUUUCAAAGAUCAGAAAAGAGAUUUAGUAACGCAUCAGAUAUGUAGCUGUCACUCAGAAUACUAUGAAGUUCGGCCAUGUAGACCUAAACUGUAUAAAAUACGCAGUUUGCUGCAGGAAAGUCAGUACAAGGGACAAGAGUAUGAAAAUGAUGGAAACUUAAAACCAAAGUGCUCUCUACAAGAUAUACUUGAUGUUGUACAAGGCAGUGAAAAGGAAAUCAAAGAAUCGCUUUGUAAAAUUGGUGCAUUGCAAAUGGAUGGCUUUUGGAGACUUUUAGAUGUUGAAUAUGAAGAAAAGGUGGUUAUCAGUAUACUUACAUUGCUGGAAGAGAAAGACUGGAGCUGGAGAAAUAUACCCUCUGAGGAAUGCUGUGAUGUUUUAGAAGAACUGGAGCCACGGGAAAUCAUUGAGCAUUGUCUUAAUCGCUAUGGCGAAAGAAUAUCAGGAGAAGGUCAACCAUAUUUUGCUCUGGAUGAAGAGAAAAUUUGCAGAUUUUAUGCAGAAUACUUGUUACGUCCAACAGAUAGAUUCAGUUAUGAGGAAUUCAUGGAGUCAUGGCAGCAGAGUGUGCCUGAUGGUAUGACUACAAAAGAAGAACAUCUUGCUGGCAUUGCUCUUGUUGACAUGAAGAGUCAUCCUCCAGUGGUCAUCUAUUUUCCACACUAUAAUCUUCCUGAAAAGCCUGAAACAAGGUUUAUUAAGCUAUUCAGAACAAGAUCAAAGUGGACUUUUGAUGAGAUACAACCAUAUAUCAAAGAUCUUGUUGAAUCUGGACAAUCACUCAAUGCAUUACUUCUAAAGUAUGCUCGUUCUUCAAAAGAUGAAUCAGGGAGGAAAGUCUACAACUCUAAGAAGCCUUUAUAGGAUGAUGAUGAUAAAUAUGACUAGUAAACCUGUACAAUGACAUUUAUUGAGAAAUGCUGAAGAGAAACCAAGAACAAUAUAAUUAAAUAGAAGCUAACAGUGGUGUAUUUGAUUGGCUGCAACUAAGCUUUUUAUGAACAGACCAACUUGUCUCCCUCACCGGAAUGUGAGGCGAGUGAGAAAAGUAGAUCUGUUCACAGAGUAAAAAUAGGUGAUGAUCUUCAUGUGAUCUGCAGAAAAAAGGAUUUUGACCUUUCAGUGCUUUACCUUACAGCCAGUCAAAUUUAGAUGACUAAUUAAACAAAUCUUAUAUUUCAUAAGGAAAUGCAGGUGUUUUGGCAUCUUUCUUCACAAAAUAUAAGGAAAAAGGACUUUGUACAAAAAGAAAUAUAGAAACCAUGUUAUCUACAUGUAAUUAUUACUUAGAAAUAAACUUAGGUAUCAGA